UAGAUUUUUCAUUCCAAUUACAUUCAAACAGCUGUUUACUACACAGAAGCACUAAUAUACUAAACGAAAAAUUAAUUAAAUAAAGUGAAACUUAAUCGAUAUACAAAUAUUAUAAUCCAACUUUGCAAAAAGUCCUUUAGUACCAUGUCUGAAAUCUUAGAAAUCGACGGAAGUGUGCUUGAAGGGGGUGGUCAAAUACUGCGUAUAUCAGUAUCUUUGAGUGCGAUAUUGGGUAUUCCCGUGAGAGUCACAAACAUUCGAGCUAACAGGAGUAGGCCGGGGCUGGCCGCUCAACAUUUAAAAGGUAUAGAGCUGGUGGCUCAAAUGUGCCAGGCCAGGUUGAAGGGCGCCAGUAUUGGCUCCACAGAGAUUGAAUUCAUUCCUGGCAAGCUCAGUGGAGGGCAGUAUAUUGCGGAUACUAUGACUGCUGGUUCAAUAAGCCUGCUGAUCCAAGUAUCGCUGCCAUGCGCACUGCUUGCGCCUGCGCCGGUGAGCGUGUCUCUGCGCGGAGGCACCAACGCGGACAUGGCGCCGCAGGUCGACUACAUGGGCGAGGUGUUCCGGUACAUGCUCAACAAGUUCGGUGGAGACUUCUCUCUUGACGUACUAAGGAGAGGUUACUAUCCGAAAGGCGGUGGUCAAGUAAAAAUCGAGGUGACUCCCGUCCGAUGUCUCCAGGCUGUGGACGUCACGGAGCGAGGGGACCUUAGGGGCGUACACGGGUGGAGCUUCGUCGCUGGUACCUUGCCGAUAGGAAUGGCGCAUCAAAUGGCGAACGGCGCGAAGCAGGGACUACGGAAUAUAUGCAAUAAGGUGAACAUAGAAGUUUACAAGGAAGACAGAAGCAUGGCGCCCGAUAAUUGUAGCGGCAUUAUUCUUGUAGGCGAAAUGACUUCAGGCUGCGUGGUUGGUAGCGACGGGCUCGGCAAACGCGGCGUAGAGCCGAUAGAGGUGGGCAGGAAAGCUGGGGAGGAGCUACGGAAGGUGCUGGAGAGUGGCGCUUGCGUCGACAGCCAUGUGCAGGACCAGCUGAUAAUCUACAUGGCUCUAGCGGCAGGCAAGUCUACUGUUAAGGCGGGAGAAAUUACGCUACACACGCAGACUGCUAUCUACAUAGCUGAAACUAUUGCUAAGACUAAAUUCACGAUAACGCCGUGUGGGGAGCACAACUUGAUUCAAUGUACCGGUAUAGGUUUCAUAAAUAACAACCUACCACCUGCGUGAUGUAUUAUUUUAUAUUCUAAUUUACUGUAAUCUAGUCAAUAAAUUAUUUUAUAACCUUAAAA